GUCGUGUCAACCUCGGCGAGAUUAUUACCUUAUGCUUGAGCUAAGGACAUUUCACGACAACCAAGACCCUUUUUUGGCGAACUCAUUCGAAACAUUUUGGACUUCACCUCGCAUUCGGCUUGAUUACUACUCGUAUACGACGUAUAGUAGGUACCUAGUACUUCGUUCCAAUGGCGCCGCAACGAACAUCGAAAGAGAGGGAUGGAAGAAGGCAUAAAAGCUUUCCUCGCUCCCUGACUAUUGGGGAGGAAUCAGAGCUCGACGUUGCCAUUUACCGCACGGAGAGGGUCUUGGAUGCCAUUGAUCCGGAGCUCCAACCUGUGACCAACAAGGUCACCCGUCUCGGCUCGCUACCAUUGCUGCCGAGGAAGAAAGGAAUAUAUGAGGCAGCCGUCCGCCAAACCGACGCGUUGGCGGUUCAUAUCACGUCACCUCAUCGAUUCAAAGUGAAGAUCCUCGUAGGCGCAGUUAAUGUCGCAAAUCCCGUCUCUCAACAUGGCCAACAGGAUUAUUAUGUGUCGGACCUCCAGGAAUGGGUCGAUGGCGUGUAUAUUGGUGACAACCGUGUACGCCAGUUUGUAGCUCUUCCAUCAGGAACGGGACACUCGAUAGCCAACCAGGUAAAGAGACUUGAAGAUACUGGAGAGUUUGAGAUCCAGGUGUUUACACCGCGCGGGAUUCACCUCGACGACCAGAAUAGGCUGCGAUACUGCAAGGCGAGACCUACUCCCAUCCAAAACACAGGCCAUGGAUUUUUCGUAAUAGUUCGCACUGCCAAAAACACAAAUCACAUCGUAGGCAACCUGAGGGAAACAGACCCGAUUUGGCAUUUGAAAGCGUGCAUCCAGGACGUCUUGGGCGUUUCGGGGUUGAAGCAGGAGCUGGCAUUCCUGGGGGAAGAUGUCUCAGACCACAAAACGCUCUCCGAAUACGGAAUCGAAAUGGCAUCAUCACUUGUGUUGACUACUGCCGGAGACGACCCAGUCAAAAAGGCUACUGCGAGAGCCGAAGGAGGAAUAGUAGAAAUGCUGAGGAAAAUAAACAAAGAAAAGGCUAGACUAGACAAGAUGAAAGAAGAUCUCGACACAGCGAAGUUUAGGUCGGCUGACUUUCUUACAACUGCGACUAACCAGCUGGAAAAGGGAAAAGAACUAGCUCAGCGAGUGGAGGACGCUAUGAAGGAGCUAAAGCAGCUGGAGACGAUGCUGGGACGCCCUAGAACCCCGCAAAGCCGUUAUGGGAUAACAUUCCCUAGUAGUGGAAUCAGCUGGUCCAAAUGGAAUCUUGAUGAGAUUCAGAGCUGGGGGCCGAAGGUGGAAUUCCAGGCUCGCGGGCGCAUACCCAUGGGGCCUGGUAUACCCAGGAGGCCAGCAAACCCCGGGCACGGGCACCCGGGUAUAGGGGCGUCCUUCGAACCUAGGCCCAGUGGCAGACACAGCGCCGAGUCCAGGUUAAAGAUGGAAGCCGAGGCCCAGGACAGACUAAAGAUGGAAGCUGAAGCUGCCCAGCGGUCCAGGAGAAGGAGGGAACGUGCUAGGAUUGAAUUUGAGUUGUCAGUCCCGGAUGAGACGACUCGGAGGCGUGCACGUGAGCGGUACAAAGAAGGCUCCCGCGACUGGAAAGAGCAAAAUAAGGAGAUCAACGUCGCCCCCGGAGGUCGCAUCGCACAGACGGUCGAACGAGACCCUGACCGACACCGAGACGUAUGGAACGACAAGCCCAUCCAAGUGUGGCGGGUGAAAAUCGUGGAUUUCGACAUCGUCAGGGAGGCAUCCGGCCUGCCGUCAUUACCGCGUCUCAAGCCAGAGGAGCGACUACGGCGGCGGGAUCCACUACCGUCGCUGGACAAGACUGUUGACAACAGCGGUUUGGCCUCGGUCGCACAGCGGGAAGCAGAACAUCCCUCGGCGGUUCCGUUUGGAGUCUUUGCGGUGAGGGACACUCUGCCUCCCGUGGGCGGCGCGAGUUCGGCGAGUGCUACCAGUGCUCCUACCAUCCGCAAUCGUGGAGGGCCCGGGGCCGGUGAGAGUGCUACCAGUCUUCCUGCCGUCAGCAAUCGUGGAGGGGGCGGCGAGAGAAGAAAUCGUCAGGCCUUGGCUGAUCCUCGGCCUACCAGGGCACGUCGAGCAGAUCGGGAGCGCAAGGUCGCUCGGAGGGGUGAGGGAUGCCUAUGCGUGUGCAUGUAAGUGCGAGACUAUAUAUGUAUGUUAGGGGGCCAGCUGAAGACGCCGGUCAAGGGUUUCCCGACUUGGGAUGCGCCUAAUGGAUGUCUAGCGUUCUUCAACAGCCUUGGGGUGCAUUGUGUAAGUUGUGGUCAGACUGUAUGUUCUUUCAAAUCACGUUGUUUACCUACUCAGGGGUGGUAUCCUACUGUAGGUUUUGCAGCUAGCGGGCUUACCAUACCGAUCGGUAUCCUUAUCGGACUGUGAAAGCGACUGCUCUUAUGAUCAGAG